CAGCAACAGACUUCAAGUUCAACAAUUCCUAAUAAUGUUUUCUACAGUAACAAACGUGUUUGCUCUCUCUUUGAGCAGAAAACUGGGUAAAUUCCAGCCAUAUAGGAAACUUCAAUGUAUUCGACAGAUAUUUUUCAGAAACUUUAAGAAAUCAUGCAGACAAUGGCAUUUAUAUUGUUUGCCAGCUCCAAUUGGAACAGUAUAUGCUUUCAGCUUUGGGAAGUCAAAAGAAAAGAAAGCAGAGGAAGAAAAGCCAGAUGUAUUAAAAAUUGUGAUAGAGACUGCUGACAAGUUAUACCUUGAGUACAAAGUCCAGGAGCUUUACGACUACCUCGUUGAAUUUAAAGACUGUGAAAAUGACGAGGUCAUGUGGCGACUGGCGCGAGCAGCCACCGACAAGGGCAAGGCCAGCAGUGAUCAAAACGUCAAGAAAGUCUGUAUGUACGAGGCGUUUGAAUAUGCGAAGAAAGCAUUGGAGCUGAAUGACAAGAACUUUGCUUGUCAUAAGUGGUAUGCUGUGUUGCUGGAUUACACUGGGGAGUAUGAAGGCACAAAAGCCAGGAUUUCUAAUUCCUUCUCGGUUAAGAAACAUUUCCUGAAAGCUAUUGAAUUAAAUCCUAAAGAUGCUACAUCUAUACAUUCCAUUGGUUAUUGGUGUUUUGUGUUUGCAGACUUGCCCUGGUACACACGUAAACUGGCAGCGGCUCUGUUUGCCACUCCCCCAACCUCAACUUACUCCGAGGCCCUUUAUUACUUUCAACUAGCAGAAGAGGUGGAUCCUGACUUUUAUAGUAUGAAUUUACUGAUGAUUGGUAAAACCCACCUAAGGAUGAAAAAUUAUAUGGCAGCAAAAACAUACCUCCAGAAAGCAAAAGAUUAUCCUGUCCAGACUCCUGAUGACAAAAAGGCACAUGAAGAGGCUAUCCAGUUGCUGAAGAGUAUAGGUUUGAAGGACUAAUAGGGAAGUAAACAGGGACCAGAAAUACUCACACUGAUGAAAAAAUACUCACACUGAUGAACAACUGCCUUAUAAACUUUAUCUGUGGUGGUUUGGAGCAUUAUUUUAACCAUAUGACAUGUCUCAAUGAGACUUUUAUCAAUGUAUUAUGUAUGGAGGUACAAUUAAACUUGAUUGCUGCAAUGGGUUUACAUGUUUCUUAUAAAACUGUAAGUUUGUAAUGAAGCAGCUUAUAUGUGCACAAACUAUCAGAAAAUUAUAUCAGUUACUUCAUAUGUCAACUUUAUAGUAAUACAUCGUGAAGACCUUGAAAUAAAAGAUACCACAGAGUCUGAUACAUUUG